CAUCGCUUCUAAAACCCCUUUCUUGAAUCUCUAGGUCAUCGGAGAUUUCGCCGGAGAUACUUUUUUUUGGCAGAUUGAUUGAUCGAUUAUCCAGCGGAGAUGUUUCCUUCAUCCGAUUUCUCUUUCUCACCAUCGACGCUGUUCUCAGCGUACGCAUCCAUAACCGGAUUCUUGAUGCUCUUUAGAUCGAUGCUCCACGAUUUCGUUCCGGAGCAGCUCCGAUCGUACUUCUCCGGCUUAUUCGACCGGUUAUUCACUCCGAAAUCGAAGAAUCUCACGGUGAUUAUCGACGAGAACUUUGGAUUGAACAGGAACCAAGUCUUCGACGCGGCAGAGAUGUACCUCCGGAACAAAAUCGGCCCCGAGACGGAGCGUUUACGCGUCGGGAAAACCCCGAAGCAGAAGCAUUUCACAAUCUCGAUCGAGAAAGGAGAAGAGAUCUUCGAUUCGUUCGAGAACUCCCAGGUGAAAUGGAGCUAUGUUCAGUCGGAGAACGAGAAAGGGGAUAAAGUGAAAAGGUACUACGAGCUCACAUUCGAGAAGAAGCUGAGAGAUAAAGUCAUGGGGUCUUAUUUGAGCCACGUUGUUGCGGAAUCAGAAGAGAUCAAGAGGAAUCUGAGAGUGGUGAAACUCUAUAGCCAAGAUGUGUACGCGAACGACGACGACGAUGGAUGUGCCGGUGGGAAUUGGGGAUGUAUCAGUCUCGAGCAUCCUUCGACGUUCGAUACAUUGGCGAUGGAUCCUGGAGCGAAGAAGAAGAUCAUCGAUGAUUUGGAGAGGUUUCUCAAGAGGAGAGAGUUUUACAAGAGAGUUGGUAAAGCCUGGAAAAGAGGCUACUUGUUGUAUGGACCUCCAGGCACUGGUAAAUCGAGCUUGAUUGCUGCAAUGGCUAAUUAUCUGAAGUUCGAUGUGUUUGAUCUUGAGCUUAGUAGUAUUUAUGACAAUGAAUUGAAGAGGAUUUUGUUAUCCACGACGAACCGUUCGAUUUUGGUGAUUGAGGAUAUUGAUUGCAAUGCUGAGGUGAGAGACAGGGAAGCUGAGGAUAAAGAAGAUGAAAAAAUAAGAGGAAAGGUGACAUUAUCAGGGAUUCUAAAUUUCAUUGAUGGGUUAUGGUCGAGUUUUGGGGAUGAGAGAAUCAUCGUGUUCACGACUAACCACAAGGAACGGCUUGAUCCUGCAUUGCUACGUCCUGGAAGAAUGGAUAUGCAUAUCCACAUGUCGUAUUGUACAGGCUUAGGAUUUAGGACAUUGGUUUCUAAUUACCUCGGUUUAGAUGGCGUGAACCAUCCUCUUUGUGAGGAAAUCGAGAGGCUGAUUGAUUCUACAGAGGUUACGCCGGCUGAGUUAGCUGAAGAGUUGAUGCAGGACGACGAUACUGAUGUUGUUCUCCGCGGAGUAGUUAGCUUUGUUGAGAAGAGGAAGGCAGAGAGAAGCAAGACCAAGGAGCAGGUUUCUAUUUGUAAAGAAGUUGUGAUUAAGGCACAUGAUGAUGACGAAAAACAGAAUAGUUCUACCAAUGGUAUGAAGAAGAAGAAGAAGAAAGCUGGUAAACGAAAAGGAAAAGCUCAAAACUUUAGUAAGUUAUGAGUAAAUUAUCAAUAUAGAGAAAUUUGUACAGUAGAUCUAUUGUGUUGUAUUAUGGCAAGUGUAAGCUUGUAAUAUAUAUUGAAUCAACAACAAAUAAAGCUUUUCUAUGGGGGAAUUGACAUAACAAUGUGUGAAAGAGAAAAUCAAUGGUUGGUCAAGAAGAAAAAAAAAAUGUUGGAAUGCUUUCUCCUGACACUCUUGAAA